CAUGCAAAAAGUUGCACUCUUUCCAGAUGUAGUUGAUUUGGCAAAUAUUUUGUCUGAUAUAUAUAGCCAAAUGACCAAUGAUAGACAGCAACAUUUCUUGAAGUUAUGAUAAGGCAAUAAAGUUAACUCCAUAUAAUAUAUUUAUAAUAAAAUAUAUAGCAGCCAUGUCUCGUCACAGAAACAUCCGCAAUUUAGAUUAUGAUGAAGAGUAUGAUGAAGCUUGGGAUGAAUCUGUCUAUGGACGAUCAGUUGAUGACUGCGACACCUGCAUAUCUCCAACAGCCGAACAAUAUCUGUACAAGCGCUCUGGACAAGGUAACUUCAGCAAUUUCUUCCAACACCAAGAUGAAAUUGUUGAAGAAGACGUGGAGGCUCAACCUGAAGUGCAGAAGUCUUCAAAACCCAAAUUAUCUGAUGAAGAAGAGGCACGCAUGCUAUCACUCCUGGAUCAGAUCCGCUCAGUCUUGGGUGGCACUGUCAGCGAAGACCAAAUGAGGACUGAAGUCUUGAAGAACAAGUUUGACCUGGAAAAAUCCAUUGAUAAACUUCUCAACAAAGCUCAGCCUGAUUUCCAAGCCUACCCUGUUCAAGCCCAGCACAAUGGCAGAGCAGACAAACCUGUGGUGACAACCCCUCAGCGACCCCAGCAGCAGAAAAUGAAACCCAACAAAACCAAGAGCAGCACUGCUAAAGGCCAUUCUAGCGGCGCCAGCAGGCAGGUCACCGUCGUGGACUCUUCCUCGGCUACCAGAGUCGUGCGAGGCUUCGACGUCACGCCAUCAGCAACAGAAAAGAAGACGCACAACUCGUCUGCGUUCGAGGAUUCGGUGGUGAACGGCAAGACUGCAAGUCCUCAAGUGUCGACACCCAAGCCUGUUAAACUCCCAACCAAACAGCGCGAUGCUAGCGUGGACGUGCGUGCUCUGUACAGCGCGUCUCAGGGCGCUGCUGGCAAGGAGCUCAUCAACCUGGUGGUCGUGGGGCACGUGGAUGCCGGCAAGAGCACGCUCACUGGGCACCUUCUGUACCAACAGGGCCAAGUAAGCCAGCGGACGAUGCACAAGUAUGAGCGGGAGAGCCAGAAGUGCGGCAAGCAGAGCUUCAUGUAUGCGUGGGUCAUGGACGACACUGAGGAAGAAAGAUCUCGUGGCGUUACAGUAGAUGUUGCGGAGCGCACGUUCGAGACGGAACGUAAGAUCGUUCACAUUUUGGACGCGCCGGGACACAAGGACUUCAUCCCUAACAUGAUCAGCGGGGCAGCGCGCGCCGAUGUCGCCCUGCUGGUGGUGGACGCGUCCACGGGGGAGUUCGAGGCGGGCUUCGAGAGCAACGGACAGACCCGCGAGCACGCCAUGCUCAUCAAAUCGCUGGGAGUGUCUGAAGUGACCGUAGCCGUGAACAAGCUGGACGUGGUGCAGUGGUCGCAGCAGCGCUUCAACGAGAUCUGCUCAACCCUCACUGUGUUCCUCAAGUCAGUCGGCUUCAGGAGCUCGGAGGUGACGUACGUGCCCUGCGCUGGGUUGUCCGGCGAGAACCUCGUCAAGCCUCCUUCCGAACCUCAGCUCAAGGCCUGGUAUUCCGGGCCCACUAUCCUGAAUGCUAUUGACAACAUGAAGUCUCCGAGCCGAGACGUAGAUCAGCCAGCGCGGUUCAGCAUCUCGGACGUGUUCAAGGGCGGCAGCAGCAACAUGUGCGUGGCAGGCAAGCUACACACGGGCUACAUCCAGUCAGGGGACAGACUGCUGCUCCUACCUCACACUUCUGCCAUCACCAUCAAAGAUGUGUCCUGCAACAGCGCCCCAGGCUCCAUUUUCGCCGGCGACUCCGGCACGUUGACGGUGUCGGGAGUGGAGCCCGACGAGCUGUCGGUGGGAAGCUUCUUGUGCGAUCCUGCUAAGCCUAUGCGUAGGACAACCACCUUGCAGGCCAGGAUCGUCGUCUUCAACGUCAUAAUACCCAUCAUCAAAGGCACCCAGGCGGAGUUUCACUUGCAAAGUGUGUGCGAACCCGCAACCGUCCGCAAGCUCAUCUCUCAGAUCAACAAAAGCACAGGCGAGGUAAUGAAGAACAGACCUCGCGUGCUUGCGAGGCAAACGGCGGGUGUGAUUGAGCUGGAGCUGAGCCGCCCCAUCUGCGUCGAGACCUACAAAGACUGCAAGGACUUGGGUCGCUUCAUGCUGCGGCAGCAGGGGAACACCAUCGCUGCUGGACUCAUAACCGAGGUUCUGGGCGACCAGUUAUUCUCUUCUGGAGCAUCGUCGCUGUGACGGGAAGCUUCAAGUAGUUCUCCUAUUCAUCUUUGCAUGACAUCUAAAUCUAAAUAAGUUAAUUGUGAUCGUUAAAUAGCCGGGCUAUUUAUUCUGAAUAGUUUUCCUUUUACAAGAAAGCUUCUGAAGCAUCUGUUGGACGAGCCUUUUUCCUUCGACUUAAGUUAUUUUCCUUCGUUAAUAUUGCAUGUGUCCUACCGGAAGGUUGGUUUUCAGGAUUCACAUUGAAACUCUUUUAUCUGUUGGGAUUUCUCAGCUACUGUCAGGCAGUGAUACGGCCCAAGCCCGUGAGUGGAGUGUUGUUAUUUUCUCUUCAGUUCUAUAAUAUUUGAAAGAUUUGUGUCUAUAAAUAAAAUAUCUUGUUGAUGUUUAUCCAGUUUUUGAGGCUAUGUUCCCUACUCUGAGAUUACGAAACCAUUUUACCUGUUAGUGAACGAGAUUAACCUCACUUAAAAGCUCGAAUUUGUUGAUGCCCACUACCUCUACAUCUUUUCAUAUUAGCUAUAGCGACCAUUUAGUUGAUUGGAUGCGCACCAUUGCUACAAACAAGUUUUUUAUCGAGCCUCUCUCCGACUAACUGUUAUGUUCAUUCGAUUUCUUUUUUUGUGAUGGAUAUCCAGACAUUUUCCCGCUGUAAUAUCACAGCACGCGAGCAGUGAUGAUAACGUGCAUUUCCCGUUCUUUUUGCAGCAGUGGUAGUAUGCAGCUGGAACAUCGAGUGAUCACAAAAUAAACGGGGAGAAUUAAA